GUUCCCGUCACAUGACCCAGCCUACCUUGUCAGCUGUUCCGCCAACAGUACGGAGAGGUCGCACAGAGCUGUACCGGGAUACGGGUUCUAACCAUCCUGACGGUGACCCGGUGGCGUGGGUUAGGAUUUUUCUGUCGGUUGGGUCUCCUUCCCCCUGCGUUAUCUAGACACAGCCCAGAAGAACCCGCUUGCUUGCUGUUACAGAGAAGAAAAAGAUGGAUAUUCGAGGCGCUGUCGAUGCUGCAGUUCCAACGAACAUUAUCGCAGCUAAGGCUGCAGAAGUUCGUGCCAACAAAGUGAACUGGCAGUCAUAUCUGCAAGGUCAGAUGAUUUCUGGAGAAGAUUGCGAGUUCAUCCAAAGGUUUGAGAAGUCCCGUCCUGAGGAGAAGCAGACAAUACUAACCAAUGAGGGAAAUCAGUGCGCUAAAACUUUUAUCAACUUGAUGACUCAUAUUUCCAAGGAACAAACAGUGCAGUACAUUUUAACUAUGGUGGAUGAUAUGCUUCAGGAGAAUCACCAGCGCGUCAGUAUAUUUUUUGACUAUGCUCGCCGUGGGAAGAACACUGCAUGGUCUUACUUUCUACCAAUGCUGAAUCGCCAAGACCUCUUCACUGUGCACAUGGCUGCACGCAUAAUUGCGAAAUUGGCUGCUUGGGGGAGAGAAUUGAUGGAAGGCAGUGAUUUGAAUUACUACUUCAAUUGGAUUAAAACCCAGCUAAGCUCACAGAAAUUACGGGGAAGUGGCAGCGCAGUGGAAACAGGAACUGUCUCGCCCAGCGACAGCUCGCAGUAUGUACAGUGUGUUGCUGGAUGCCUGCAGCUGAUGCUUAGGGUUAAUGAAUAUCGCUUUGCGUGGGUUGAAGCAGAUGGUGUCAACUGUAUCAUGGCAGUCCUGAGUAACAAAUGCGGAUUUCAGCUUCAAUAUCAAAUGAUCUUUUCACUCUGGCUUCUCGCGUUCAGCCCGCAAAUGUGCGAGUAUCUUCGACGAUACAACAUCGUGCCGGUUCUGUCAGACAUCCUCCAGGAAUCUGUCAAAGAGAAAGUGACAAGAAUCAUUCUAGCAGCUUUCAAAAACCUAUUCGAAAAAUCCACUGAAAGAGAGACCCGCCAGGAGUAUGCACUCGCCAUGAUUCAGUGCAAAGUGCUGAAACAGCUGGAGAACCUGGAACAGCAGAAGUAUGAUGAUGAAGAUAUUGUCGAAGAUAUCAAAUUCCUUUUGGAAAAACUUGGAGAAAGUGUCCAGGAUUUGAGCUCAUUUGAUGAGUACAGUUCCGAGUUGAAAUCAGGAAGAUUGGAAUGGAGCCCAGUACACAAAUCAGAGAAAUUUUGGAGAGAGAAUGCUGGAAGAUUGAAUGAGAAAAACUAUGAACUCUUGAAAAUUUUAACUAAACUUCUGGAAGUUUCUGAUGACCCCCAAGUUCUGGCAGUAUCAGCACAUGAUAUAGGGGAAUAUGUACGCCAUUACCCCAGAGGAAAGAGGGUGAUUGAGCAGUUGGGUGGCAAGCAGCUGGUAAUGAACCACAUGCAUCAUGAAGACCAACAAGUCCGUUACAAUGCAUUGCUCGCUGUGCAGAAACUCAUGGUGCAUAACUGGGAAUAUCUUGGAAAGCAGCUUCAGUCAGAACAGCCCCCUGCAGUGACCGCCAGAAGUUAAAUGCCUCACUAAUCUGGAGACUGAGCAAGUUGCUUGUACAUGUCACAUUUAUUCAUUUAAAUACUUGUCAUAUAUAUAUAUAUGUUCUGUUAAAAUCUACCAUAGGUAGUAUGGUACUGUGAACAGGAGCAAUUACAAAAUAAAAAUGACUGGAACAGCUAUUUUUCUGUCACCCAUCCCAGCUUUUGCCUCGGUGUAACAAACCCUAAAUGAUCCCUAUCCUCUGCCUAUCCCAGAAGACAAGUGUUCUAUUGUAUUAGAAAUGGCUACUGUGUGUUAAGUUCAUUAUUACAUUAGGAGGCUAGAAAUUAAAUAGAUUUACCAAAUCUAAAGUAAUUAAAAGUGCAGUAGCCUGAUUAUUUAUUGUUGUCUGAUGAUCUGAAUUAAAUACAUACAUUCCAUU